AUGCUUAAUCUUCAUCACUCAAUUUCUCCUCCGGCAAUUGCACCCUCUUCCUUUCAUAGCAAUAAGCAGCAGAAAUCAAUCUCUUUCUGUAGAUUCAGAAUAUGGGAGAGUGGUGAACUGAAGAAAAUCAGACGAAUUGGUGGCUUUAAUUUUGUGAAUGCAGUGGAGAAAGACUCGGAGUUCGAGGUUGAUCCAGAUAAGGCCCGUGAAGCUUUGAGAAAGCUUGAUGAACAGAUUCAGUCUCUUUCCAAAAAACAAGUCGAUCCUCCCAAAAUUAGAGCUUCAAGCCUUGGUCGUCCAAGUCGUGAAAUGAAAGAAGAAACUACAGAUUUCACAGGAUCCUUUUUAGCCUACUUAGCUUUUGAUUGUUCAAUUGACCAUUUCCAAGCCUACCGUAAGAUAGGCUCACGAGCUGGAAUAGACCACAGAGAAACGUGA